AUGUCUCAGCCACCCUCGGACUGGAAGCUGGACGCCUGUGAGUCGGCCGUCAGCCUGAGAACGAGCAAGUCCUUGUAUUCGCCAGCGGUGGCCAACCCCUUCGUGCAGCAGACGCACAUCAGCACGUGGCGCUGGGCCUACAUCAUCCUCAUGGGGACUGUGCUGGUGCCGUUGCGGGCGACCUGCAUCGCCUUCCUCUUCAUCUUCCUCUGGCCGGUGGCUGUGCUUUGCACCAUAGGCCGUUCUGCUCGCCCAACCAAGCCCGCCAAGAGUUGGAGAAGCAAACUGGCGCAACCCGCUCUCAAAUUCUUGUUUCAGGCGACGUUCUUUUCAGCAGGGUUUCUGGUUAAAGUGAAAGGGAAAAAGGCACCCCGCGACGAGGCCCCCAUUUUCGUUACGGCGCCGCACUCCACUUUCUUUGGCGCAAUCGCCUGUGUUGUGGCUGGGUUACCCUCGGUGGUCUCUGCAAGUCAAAACGCACAGAUCCCAGUGGCUGGGAAAUUCCUACUGUCAACGCAGCCCGUGCUCGUGACCCGAGAGGACCCUGAUUCCAGGAAGACUACCCGGAAUGAAAUCCUGAAGCGAGUGACAUCCAAAAGGAAGUGGCCACAGAUCCUGAUUUUCCCAGAAGGAGUGUGUACCAAUCGCACGUGUCUGGUCACUUUUAAACUAGGGGCCUUCUCUCCCGGUGUUCCUGUGCAGCCAGUGCUGCUCGGGUACCCAAACACCCUGGACACAGUGACCUGGACCUGACGGGGGUUUACAGGCUUCCCGGCCUGCAUGUUGACCCUGAGUCAACUCUUCACCAGGGUACAAAUUGAGUUUAUGCCUGUUUACAUCCCAAACGAUCAAGAAAAAAAAGACCCCAUUCUUUUUGCCAAUACAGUGAGGAUCAACAUGGCAAAUGCUCUGGGGGUGCCUGUGACAGACCACACUUACGCAGAUGGAAGAUUGAUGAUUACUGCAGGUAACCUUCAACUACCCAUGGAAACUGGUUUGGUGGAAUUUACAAAAAUUAGCCAGAAAUUGAAGUUAGAUUGGGAUAACCUUCACCAGCGUUUGGAUGAAUUUGCUUCAAAAGGAGGGAAGAUAGGAAUUGAAGAAUUUGCAAAUUAUUUAAAACUCCCAAUUUCAGAGACCCUGAGACAACUUUUUGCCCUUUUUGACAGGAAGAAUGAUGGCAGCAUAGACUUCAGAGAGUAUGUGAUAGUUCUGACUGUUUUAUGUAAUCCUGCCAACACUGAAAAGAUUCUGCAAAUGUCGUUUAAGCUUUUUGAUCUUGAUGAGGAUGGUUUCAUAACAGAACAAGAGUUGGCUGCGAUACUUCAGGCAGCUUUCGGAGUCCCAGAUCUUGAUGUUUCCAGAGUCUUUCAGGAAAUAUAUGGACAGAACUCAAUCAUUUCAUAUGAGAACUUUAAGAAAUUUGCCUUGAAGCAUCCAGAAUAUGCCAAGUUAUUUAAUUCAUACUUAGAUCUCCAGGUAGCCUAUAUAUAUGCAUUACACAAGAAUAGUUUUAAUCUCUGUAUUCAAAUGUUAAAGUCAGCCCUGAAAAUGGUGAAAGCACCUUCCAGGUAG